GUAACCUACUUUAUUAAUAUUGUUCCCAAAUUUUACAACAAAAAUAAUCUCAUCAAAACUGUGAGUAACACAAAUGCAACCAUGGGAACUGAGUUGUGACAAAAUUCUGUGUGUGUGUGUGAACUGCAGUGACCCUCUUUCAUGAUGAGUGUUUCUGCCGGAGGGGGCGGGCCGGGCAGCAGCUGCAGAAUCUCACAGCUUCACAUUCCCGUCUUCACUGCUGCGCUGUAUUGGGUGUGAAUCUCUAGCGGAUAAAAUGUUUUUGGACUCUGACAUUUCGCGUUGUAAUGGCGGUUUUAGGGUGAAGUGACCCGCGGAUCUGUAUUUGGACGGAUCGUCGGUGCCCGUUCUCCCGGAGAAACCCGCUUUGUUCGGUCAAUAAUAAAAAGCCGAGACCCUUUUGGUUCGUUACUCUCACGAUGAACAACACAGAAAAGAGGACCAAAUCUGACGAAGAGUCUAUAGAAGAAGAAGAGAUCGACCCGAGGAUUCAGGGUGAACUGGAGAAACUGAAUCAGUCCACUGAAAACAUCAACCGCUGGGAGACCGAACUAGAGGACUCCAGGCAGAAGUUUCGGGCGGUUCUGGUGGAGGCGACCGUCAAGCUCGACGAGCAGGUGAAGAAGAUUGGUAAAGCUGUCGAAGACUCAAAACCGUACUGGGAGGCCAGACGGGCGGCCCGUCAGGCUCAGGUAGAGGCACAGAGAGCGACGCAGGAGUACCAGCGGGCGAUCGAGAUCCUGCGGGCAGCGAAGGAAACCAUCGCGCUGGCGGAGGAACGUUUACUGGAGGAGGACAGCAGACAGUUCGAUUCGGCCUGGCAAGAGAUGCUCAACCACGCCACACAGAGGGUGAUGGAGGCGGAGCACAGCAGGACACGCAGCGAGAUCGAGCAUCGAGAAACUGCGGCCAAAUACAACGCCGCCAUCAACCACAUGAGACAGCAGGAGAAGAAACUCAAACGCACCAUCAACAAGUCCAGGCCAUACUUUGAAUUGAAGGCCAAGUGUUACCUUCAGCUGGAGACACUGAAACGCCGAGUUGAUGAACGUCAGGCAAAACUGACCCAAGCCAAAGCCGCGUACCGGACCGCCCUAAACAAUCUGGAGACCAUCUCGGACGAGAUCCACGCACGCAGACGACUCUCCGCUAUGGGACCCAGAGGCCGAGGCGUCGGGGCAGAAGAUGACGGAGCCAAUACUGAUGACAUCACCAACUUUAAAAUGGAGUCUGAUGGCUUAUCUAUGAUCUCUGUGAACAUGGAGGAGGAGAGCUGUGCUGAUAAUACGUCAGAAGAUGAUCCAGAAACACAAUCCACCUGCAGUCUGAGCUCCACAUCUGCACCUGUAGACCUGCGCUGCUCGUACUCCUCCUCAUCUGCUCCCCAUCUCUUCUCGUCCUCCUCGCCUCCGUGUCUAUCCGUCUGUCCGGAUGAGCUUCCGCGGCCGGGCUCGGGGUCUCUGGAGGGUCUUGAGCAGGUGUCACCUGUGCUGGGACCUCGCAGCGAGUGCAGUGGGGCGUCAUCGCCGGACUGCGAACAAGAAAGAGGUGAGAGGGCGGAUGGCGCUGAAGGUAAAGCUGAAAAGACAAACGGCAUCAUCAGUCAGAAGAGGUCACAGCUGGAGAGUCUGAGCAGAUUAUCACUUCAAACCACAGAGGAUGAGACCGACGGACCCUCGUUCACCGAGACCUCCAGCACAGCAGCGGUCCGGCUCCUAAACAGAGUUUCAAUCUGAUAACUUCAGCAAGAGACUUUACGUGAUGUUUGUGAAAGUAUUAUCAUCUCAGUAUUAUAAAGACCGUCUCAUCUCACAACAGACUGAACCCAUGAAACGGUGUUAUGACAUGCAGACAUCAGCUAUGACGUGAAUGAAAAUCUGUUUGUCCUCACUGAGUGAAUGUUCUUCAUGUAUUCCUCGGUUUUUAGAGUGGAUAACCUUCUUAUUUUUCUGUCUUCUGCAAUUGGCGUCCCUCUGAAAUCUCACCUUGUUGGUCUUUCAGUGACUGAGUUGUAAGUAUAUUUUUGAGGCAAGUUGGAUGUUGUCUUUAAAUCGGUAGGUCAUUUGUUAACACCCAGCUGAUGAGAGAUCAGUUAUUGACUGAAAAAUAAGCCUGUGGGCCAGUCAUGGCAGAAAUCUGCACUUGUAUUUCACUCUAUUUUUGUGUCAGUCUUUCUCUUCGGUCUCAGAUUUAUCUGAUAGUUUUACACUCCACAGGUAAAGAGGGACUUGUGUAAAGUUAUAUAUUUAUACACAAUGUUUGUCUUGUUACAAUGAUGUUAGAUGUGUUUUUACAGCACAACGUUCUUAUUUGUGUAAUAAACAGAUGCUCACAGCAUGAAACCCUUUCAUACCUUUCAAUUCCA